UGGAUUGUAACUAAGCCAUACAUAACAACAGUAGCCCCACGUGGAGACUCAGAGAUCCGGUGCCGAGCUCAAGGCUUCUCAAUAUUUAUCAACUUCCGAUGUAGCCCUCCUACGUUGCCGACAAACAUACAACGCUCUGUUCAUAUGGGGCUUGCUUUGAUUUAGCAUUCUAUAUUGUCGUCUUCAUGGCAUCAGUCACAUCAACCUCUACCCCCAUCCGCAGGGCGGCUAUCCAUCCUGCAAAGGGGGGAGAACAAUCGGUCAGAGCACCACCACCAGGGUCUUCUUCUGUUGAUCAUUUUUUUUGGACGUACACUGAAGAGCCUCAUCGAUCACGACGUCAAGCAAUUAUAAAAGCUCAUCCAGAGGUUACCAAGCUAUGCGGUCCGGAGCCUCUCACGAAAUACCUCGUUUUCGCUGUUGUAUCCCUCCAAAUAACCUGCGCUUACCUACUUCGUGACACCCCCAUGCUCUCAUGGAAAUUCCUUCUCACCGCAUAUGUGAUCGGAGCCACCUCCAACCAAAAUCUCUUCCUUGCCAUUCAUGAGAUUUCUCAUAAUCUGGCCUUCCGGUCGGCGUUUGCAAACCGUAUACUUGCUAUUUUCGCCAAUAUUCCAAUUGGCCUGCCAUAUAGUGCCGCAUUUCGGCCUUAUCACCUUACGCACCACAAAUCUCUCGGAGUAGCGGGUCUCGACACGGAUCUGCCUACAGCCUUCGAGGCUUUCCUUCUCGACUCUUUACUCGGAAAGGCAUUUUUCUGCACUUUCCAGAUCUUUUUCUACGCCCUCCGUCCCAUGUUUAUAUACAGUCCGCCAUUUACAUCAAUCCACGUAUUGAACCUCAUCACCCAGCUUUCUUUUGACUAUGCUCUCGUCCGUUUGUGUGGAGGUUCACUGCAACCCUUAUUUUAUCUUCUAUGGAGCUCCUUCCUUGCGGGCUCGUUGCAUCCGUGCGCCGGGCAUUUCAUUGCCGAACAUUACUUCUUCUCAGAGAUCAAAAAUGGUGGUACGGAAUCAAUUACAGAACUCAAACAGAACAAAAACACUACGAAAGAGGAGAAAAGUCCUCUCGAUUCUCUCGCCCCUCCGGAAACAUACUCCUAUUACGGCCCUCUCAACAUCCUGACAUACAAUGUUGGUUUACACAACGAACACCACGACUUUCCUGCAAUCCCAUGGACCCGGUUACCAGAGGUUCACCGCAUUGCCCGUGAAUUCUAUGAACCGCUUCCCUGUCACCGAAGCUGGGUUUGGGUUAUUUGGGCUUUUGUCUUGGAUAAAAAUGUCGGUCUAUGGUGUCGCGUGAAAAGGGCCCAAGGUGGAAGAGUUGUUGGUGGGCUAUCCAAGAGGUCUGGCCGUGCUGGAGAGGGUAUUUCAGCUGAAUCUGUCAAGGACGGUGAGGAAGAUGGUGGAUGGAAGGAGAGCGAAAUCCAAAACUAGCUUUUUUUGCCGAGCAUAGAUUACGUCAGGAGCUCUAGUGCUAAGAGAGCGUAAAUGCUUUCGAGCUACGGAUUCCUUCAUGUUUCCAAUGUCUUGUAGCAGAAAUAGAUGACAAUGUACAUAGCAAAAUAGAACAUAUUGUGUCUUGCUCCUGAUGGCUAAGUCGAUCGCUGGCUGGCCAGGACG